AUGUUGAGACCAGUUGCAUUCUUGAGAGAUAUCAAUGAAAAGAAAGACUUUUGGAAAGUUGCUGUUAAGGUUACAGACAAAUGGAGCGUUGUAAAGGAUGGGAUGGAGCACAUGGAAAUGGUUAUUGUUGAUGCCAAGGGAACCGACAUUCAAGUUAUCAUUCCAACGGCAUACAGGGCUGAAUAUGAGAAACUUAUUAAGGUUAACUCAACUUAUACUUUAAGCAACUUUCAGGUCUUUCCAAAUGACCUGGUAUUCAAAGCAUCUGAUAACAAGUACAAGUUGAAAUGGACUGGUGGAACUACAGCUGUAGACGCAAAUGUCCAUGAUAUCCCCUUACCUAACAUGAAGUUCAAGCCCUUGGCUGAGAUUAUUGCUGGGAAAUGGCGUGCUGAUCUAUUAGUUCAUGUCAUAGGGUAUGUUCAUGAAAUUGGAUAUUGUCAAGUUAUGGCUGGAACUGGUAAAAAGCUACAGGUUAAUUUUCUGAUGAAAGACCUAAGUGAUAUUUCUCUUAACUGCACUCUUUGGGAGGAUUAUGCUGCAAAGUUCAUAAAGUUUAACAAUGAAAACAAAGAAACUGGUCCCAUUAUUGUUAUGUUGAAGUAUGGCAAGAUCAAGGAAGAAGGCAAAUACCCUCUUAGUGUCACAAAUACUUAUAGUGCUACGAAGUUGCUUAUAAAUGAAGACAUAGCUGAGAUCAAGAGGUUUAGGGAAAGGCAAGUUUCAUUCUGA